CCGUUAUAGAGGUACCAGAGUCUCACAUCUCUGCGUGAGCCAGCAGAUUAUCGUGUUUACUGAUGGUUAACAAGGUCUUUGGACUUUGGCUGGCUGGUUGGUGCUCUCACUCAGUGUAACAAUGAGUGUGAGAGUGAUAACAACACGAUUUAGUAGGAGGCGAGAUUAUUGCCUCUCGCUGCUGAAAACAUUCGUUAGGCCAAAUGGCACAAAACCUCCGUUGGUCACCAGUUAUACGAGCAGCGUGGGAGACUGGCCCCUGCUCGGAAUUACAAUCGGCCAACUUCUGGAUGUAGCUGAACGCCAGUACGGAGACAGGGAAGCAGUGGUCUCUGUUCAUCAGGGAAUUAGGAAGACAUUCUCGCAGGCCAAUGAAGACGCCAACAGACUAGCUGCCGGAUUCUUAGCCUUGGGCCUCAAGAGAGGUGAGAGACUCGGAAUCUGGGGACAGAACACCUACGAAUGGUACCUGACGCAGUUCGCGGCUGCUAAGGCUGGGCUGAUUCUGGUCAACAUUAAUCCUGCUUACCGACCAAGCGAGCUGCAAUUCUGCCUGAAUAAAGUAGGCGUAAAAGCCAUUGUUUGCGACGAAGCCUUCAAAACGUCCGACUACUACAAGAUGCUGUGUGAUUUGGCCCCAGAGUUACCCGACAGCCGCCCUGGGGAACUGAUGUCCAGAGAGAUUCCUCACUUGAAGCAAGUCAUCAUUAGGACGGAGAAGGACCUCGGAGGCACAUAUAAAUUCGACGACGUACUGGAGGCCGGAGAGAGCACUCAUAUGAGGGACCUGGAAAAGCUGUCUUCUGAUAUCCAGUUCGACGAAUCUUGCAAUAUUCAGUUCACUUCGGGCACAACAGGUAAACCAAAAGGUGCAAUGCUGUCUCAUCACAUGCUAGUCAACAAUGCAUAUGGAAUUGGAAAGCGAAGUGGAUAUGGAGAGAAGGAACAUCGGAUAUGCGUACAGGUGCCCUUGUACCACUGUUUCGGCUGCGUCGCUGGGACCCUGAGUAGCGCGCACUUCGGAGCAACGUGCGUCCUCCCCAGCCUAGGGUUCGAUUCGGACGCCAGUGUGCAGGCGUUGCAGGAUGAGAGAGUCACGUCCUGUUAUGGGACGCCGACGAUGUUCGUCGACGUCCUGAAUUCUCAGCGGAAUAAACCUAGAGUUCUGGGGCAUUUGUUUACGGGCAUCAUGGCAGGGGCACCUUGCCCGCAGGAGCUGGUUGAAUCGGUUAUGAGUGAACUGAAUAUGAAGGACUUCUUGGUGAUGUAUGGCAUGACAGAAACCAGCCCAGUGACCUUCCAGUGUUUUCCAGCAGAUGCCCCAAGUGUUCGUUCAUCCACCAUUGGGUAUCCUUCUGACCACACCGAGGUAAAAGUGGUUGACGAAAAUGGCAGAAUAACCAAAGCUGGAGAUUCUGGUGAACUUUGCAUUCGGGGUUACUGCAAUUUCCUCGGCUACUGGGAUGAUCCGGAAAAAACAAAGGAGAUAAUGUCAGAAGACAGAUGGCUAAAGACUGGAGAUCUGGCUGUCAUCCAGCCCGAUGGCUAUGCAAAGAUAAUCGGCAGAAUCAAAGACAUGAUUAUCCGUGGAGGAGAAAAUCUCUUUCCGGCUGAGAUUGAGAAUUUCCUCAUGCAACAUCCGGAAGUGAUAGAAGCCCAGGUGUUUGGAGUUCCUGAUUCCAGGAUGGGAGAAGAAAUGGCGGCCUGGAUUCGAAGAGCUGACAAUUCUUCCCUUGACGAAAAGGCCUUGAGAGCUUGGUGCAAAGGGAAGAUCGCUCACUUCAAGGUGCCAAGAUACAUCCUUUUCAAGGACGAACUUCCGAGAACAGUGACGGGAAAAAUACAGAAGUUUGUGAUGAGAGACAUUACAAUAGAAGAGUUGAAAUUAAGUUCCUGAUUGGUUAAGUGACAUCGAAGGAAAAAGAUGCGAUAUGAAGUAAGCUUUACGGUUGAGAGUCAUAAAUUGGAGGGAAACUGUUGGGUAGAAUAUUUUAGUGAAGGUCGAAUGUCCGUUAUCCCUUCCUUUGCCCUAUAGACUUAACGAACGAACUAUACUCUGUUUUUUUUUCCAUCUGUCCACCCGCCUGUGGUGUUUGCGUAUGGUAACACUGCGUCCCGGGCUUUAGAUAGUUACGCUAUGUGUAAGUUUUAGAUAAAUAAAAGGAUAUCUGGGUGUACAUUUGCAACUGAAAACUGUUUUAAUAAUUUACUGUAUGCGAAUUAAACCGUUAAUAUUCGAAAUAGGAUAUUAUUAUUGUUGUUGAAUGUAAGCUGAAUGUAACUAUCUAAAGCCCGGGACGCAGUGUUACCAUAAGAAAACACCACAGGCCGGUGGACAGAUGGAAAAAAACCGAGUAUAGUAAUUUAACGUACUUAGUAACUUUAUGGCGCCAACAUUGACUCAAAAUUAGUAUUGUCUCUGAACUAAUAUAAAAUUACAUCGGCACCUGACUAAAAGUCAUAAGACAAAGCUAAAAAAAAUUGCAAUAUACUUACUUGUCUUCGACUGCAUUCAGAGCUGAUAGCAUAUCAUUCAGUUUUCUAGUUAACCUACAAAGUGCGAUACUUUCCCGAUGAACUUUGACUGACUUAUUUAAAUGCCAAGCAAGUUUGCAUUUCAAUAUAUGGACGUUCUUAUUACCUCUUUCCUGUAUGCAUUUUCACUGCUUACCUUAUAUACGUUAAACAGUACCUGAUAUCCCCAGUGCUACAAUAAAUGCUUUUAAGAGGACAAUCUGUCGGCCUCCUGCUUUUAACAGUCUUAUAUGCUUUGCACAUUACAUAUUCUUGAAGUAGAUCCUGACGAAGCUGCAAUUCUUAUUUCCAGCAAAAGGAAAUUGCAAAUAAAAGGUCUUUCAAUA